CAUUUAGGGACGGACAAGGACCGUUUUAUUCGCAGGGAAAGGAGGCGAAAGAAUAAAGAAGAAAGAUGCCCAAAAAGAAAACCGGAGCCAGAAAAAAGGCGGAGAACCGAAAAGAGCGAGAGAAACAGAACCGGGCCAACAGGGAGCACGUGGAUGUGGCCAAACACCCCUGCAACGUCAACAUGGAUUGUGACAAAUGUCAGAGAAAGCAGAAGAACAGAGCAUUCUGCUAUUUCUGUAACUCUGUACAGAAGCUGCCUGUCUGUGCCCAGUGUGGUAAAACCAAGUGCAUGAAGGCUUCAGAUUGUGUCAUCAAGCAUCCAGGGAUCCACAGCACGGGGAUGGCCAUGGUGGGGGCAGUGUGUGACUUCUGUGAAGCCUGGGUCUGCCAUGGUAGAAAAUGUCUGAGCACCCACGCCUGCUCCUGUCCUCUGGCCGACGCCGACUGCAUCGAGUGCGAGCGUGGCGUCUGGGACCACGGAGGUCGCAUUUUCCGCUGCUCCUUCUGUCAGAAUUUCUUGUGUGAAGACGAUCAGUUUGAGCACCAGGCCAGCUGUCAGGUCCUGCAGGCAGAAACCUUUAAAUGUGUUUCCUGUAACAGGCUGGGACAGCACUCAUGUCUGCGCUGUAAGGCCUGUUACUGUGACGACCACGCAAAGAGCAAGGUCUUCAAGCAGGAGAAGGGCAAAGCUCUGCCGUGUCCCAAGUGCGGCCAUGAGACCCAGGAGACCAAAGACCUCAGCAUGUCCACUCGAACCCUGAAGUUUGGUCGGCAGGCCGGCGGCGGCGACGAUGAUGACUAUGACGGAGCAUCAGGAUACGACUCUUACUGGAAGAACCUGGCAGCUGGAGGAGGCCCACAGGACAGCUACGGAGAUGACGACGACGAGGACGAGGAGGAUGAUGGGUAUGAAGAGGAAGAGGAGGAUGAAGAUGAAGAGGAUUAUGAUGAUGAUGAUGAUGAUGAGGAAGCCGUUAAGUCUGUGGCUGAGCUGACGUUAGAUGAAGCCGCAGCCUGAACUCGGACUGAGUGGAUGGAGGACUGGAUCAGGGCUGCAGGUGGGCGGGGCUAAUGUGGCUGUUUGAGUCCGAAGGAGCGAACGCCCUGCUGACCUGCCGCUGGGAUCCGGAUCAGCAGAUUUUCAGAAUCUCUCCAGGUUUUAUUCUCUCCUCUGAAUUUGUUUUCCCCUUUUAAACCAAAGUUGAUCCAGUAACCGGUUCCAGAAAAGAACGGAACCGCAGUACAUCAGCUUGUCCAAUGAAACGGUUGCUUCAUCCAUUGUUUCUGUGAUGGGAUCCCUGAUCCUGAAAGUCAGAAUCAACAUAGAUCUGAUCAAAACAUCUGGGUGAGGACUUCUGAGCAGGACUCCAUGGUUCUGUUGCCGCUUUCUUUUCUCCCAUUGAAAAUGUUUUUAAUGUUAAGAUAUUUUUUUUGAGGGGGGGUGCAGAUCCAAAGCAUCUGGCUGUUAGGAUGUAAAUGACUCCUGGCUCUGGUUGGAUGUGUCGUUUCUAACCUCCUGACGAAUAAAGUUCAGUUUGAAUCU